GCCAGCGGUUUAAACUUUCGGGAGGCGCGGGCGGAGAAACGAACAAAGUUUUGAUGCGCGACAUGAGGACACGUGCGAGACCGGGGAAGUGAGGGACUGCUCCUGAAGUCGGGGAGGGUGGGGUGCAGGGGCACAGGAGAGAUUCGCCUCUCGCCGGCUUCCCGUUCCUUCGCAUUUCCACCUCAGCUCGCUGCCUUCCACUUGGGGAAGAAAUGGUCGGCGGCAAUGGGACUGUGCCUGGGUUCGGAGAGCAGCGCCGAGGAGCGGCAGGCGCGGCUCCGCAGCGACAAGAUUGACCGCGCUCUGUAUGAAUAUGCCAAACAGGAGUUGAACGUGGUGAAAAUUUUGCUGCUAGGGGCGGCGGAAAGCGGGAAGAGCACACUGGUGAAGCAGAUGAAGAUCAUUCACAGUCAUGGAUUUACCGAGCAAGAACUUAGCAGUUUCAAGCCUGCCGUCCUAGACAAUCUCCUCAGUUCAAUGAAGUUCGUGCUACAAGGCAUGGGCAUCUUGCGGAUCAACCUGGCCAACCCCAAAAACACGAUCCACGCUCAGACGGUGCUAUCGUGCGGCCAGUGCGUUGACGAGGAUUGCGCCCUCUUCCCGUUCGUCGCUCACGCCCUCCGCUGCCUGUGGGCCGACCCGCACGUAAAGCUGGCAGCAGCGCGCGGCUACGAGUUUGAACUGAACGACUCCGCUCACUAUUUCUUCCUCAACAUAAACAGGAUCACUGCCCCCGAGUACAAGCCGACGCAGACAGACAUCCUGAGGGUCCGCCUGCGCACCAGCGGUGUGAUCGAAACCCAGUUCAAGAUCAGCAGCCUGGUCAUCCGGCUGUACGACGUUGGGGGACAGCGGACGGAGCGGAGGAAAUGGAUUAGCUGCUUCGAGGACGUGAGAGCGGUGCUCUUCGUGGCGGCCUUGAGCGGAUACGACAUGUCGCUGCUGGAGGAGCCAUCCGUGAACCGGCUGCAGGAGAGUUUGAGGCUCUUUUCCUCCAUCUGCAACAACAUCUUCUUCAGGAACACCUCCAUGAUUUUGUUCCUGAAUAAGAUUGAUUUGUUUCAAGAGAAGAUUCUGCACUCGGGGAGACACCUGCGGCUGUAUUUCACACAAUACAGAGGUGCCAACUGCGACGUGGAUUCAGCUGCCCGGUACAUCGCCAGUCAGUUCCUGUUGCUGAACCGGAACCCGGCCAAGCUGGUGUACCACCACUUCACCACGGCCACCGACACCUCCAACAUCCAGGUGGUCUUCCAGGUGGUGAUCGACACCAUCGUGAAGGAGAACCUGGAAGCUGUCUCCCUGCUUUGAUCCGCAGACGCCCUGUCCACCAGGGUGGCGGUCACUCCCCCCACCACCAGCACCACUGGACGAGGCAGAAGGUCAGAGGCUGCACUGAGUGAACGGUUCACGGGACACGCUGUGGAAAGGCAAGCCAUGCAGGAGAAACGAUGGGGCUUUGAAAUCUCUGUGCUUCAAUUACACUCCCCACCCCCCCUCCGGGCUGGACAACUAUGAAGGAUAUUUAAAACCUGCACCCUCCCUUCGAGGAGGAGGCCCUGAGGACCCGAUCCAGUCCCAAGAAAGUGAAUACAUUUUUAAAUCUCUCCAUCAGCACCAUUUCUGCUUCCAGUCCCUGAGGAUAUGGGCAGGGAUGCAAGACACCAAGAGGGGAGGGUCCCCUUGACCUUUCUGCAGGUUAAUAGUCCAAAUGAAGCUUCUUCAGAUUCGGCCUGAGAGUAAAACGGACCGGCCCACCAGGUCUAGCAGUCGACGCCGCACGAGAGCCAGGCUCCUCUGAUCGGUACAAUCCCGCGGCCGGCCGAGCCUGUUCAGGGGUGCAGCUGUCUCUCCACGCCUCUCCCGGCUUCUGCUGGCUGUGCAUUCUUUUCUUUUUUUAAAAAAGAGAAAAGUUUUGUUUAAACAUUUCUGAUGAAGCUUUGCGUUUUGUUGCCUUGAUGUUCCUCAACGAGAAGGAAGUUGCACUGGUUCCGUGUUCGGAAUAAAGCACAGUUAAAAGCCCCAGUGUCCUGUCCGCGUCCUGCUGUUUCACAGUAAAGGAAUGGGUGGCGCGGUAGUGUAGCAGUGACCGUGCGCCAGUGGCCGGUGUCCAAUUCCGACUGCUGGAAGGAGUUCCCACAAUCCCCUCGAGACCAUGUGGGCUCCCUCCCACAUACGGGUCAGUAAGGUAAUUGGUCACGUGGGUGUAAUUAGGCAGCACGGGCUCGUGGGCCAGAACGGCCUGUCACCGAGCUGUAACACUAAAUUAAGUAAAACAUAUGAACAUUUAUCAUACAAACCUGGCAUACCUAGGAAAGGAAAAAAAACUGAAGUCCAAUAAAGUCUUGUUUCUGACUGUU